ACAACGCGUUGUUUUGUUUGUGGCGCUAGUGUAGAAGUAAGUGAUAUUAUCACAGAGGUUAUGAAAUAAAGUAAAAUAGACUUAUUAAAUCCAGUGUAAUAAAAUAGAAUUAAAAUGGAAAAAAGAAAAGACUUUAUAAGUGCUUUAAAAUUAUGUCGAUUUUGUUUGUGUCAAGAUGAACCCCUUACAACUAUAUACGAUAGAUCCAAAACGCCCAAAAAUGCCGUUUCUCUUCCGCUUAAAAUCUUGUCUUUUACUUCGAUUGAGGUAUUCCCAUCUGAUAAAAUGCCAUCAUAUAUAUGCAACCGCUGUAAGUUGUUUAUGGAUAUUUGCUAUGAAUAUAAGCAGAUAUGUAGACAUGCUGAUGAGACCAUCUUGCAAUACAUACAGAACGGACGCUCUUUGGAAUCUGUGCCUUGGCCUUCCCAGCUCAAAAAGUUACUCCCAAACUUACCCAAGAUGCAAUCUAAACAAGUGAUGAGCACAAUAGUUGAAGGUGGCGCUACUGUACAAGUGACUUCACAUGAUGUCUUAGACAGUGAAGAGGAUGAAGAAAAAAUCUUUAAUAUAAAGAUAGAUAGAUCUGAUGAUGGAUCUGAAGAACCACUUUCCACUACAAUUAAAGUGGUGACAACAGAUAAGCCUGAACCAGGUCUAGAUAAUCAAAAAUCACAUGAUGAUAAAGAUUUUGACGCGGACGUCGAGGCUGGCGAGGGAUCGCAGGCCGUGAAGAGUGGCUGCUGGCCCUGCGAUGAGUGCUACUGUACAUAUCCAUUACAACAGUUGCUCGAACUGCAUAAAAGUCAGAAACAUAGGGCGAGAAAUGUCAAAUGUCACCAGUGCGAUGCCAAAUUUUUCAACAAAUAUGAUUUGAUGACGCAUCAACUGAGACAUUCUGAAGAUAUGCCCUUCGAAUGUGUAGCCUGUAGUCGCAAGUUCAGACGCCUUGUCUUAUUGAAAAGACACGAAAAGCUAAUGCACUCUGACUUGCCACAGCUGGCGUGUCCGAAUUGCCCUGCUACCUUCCUAUCAAUCGAGGAGGUGCGUGCGCACCAGGAAAAACAUUCUCGAUCACAAAAUAAGAGAUUUGCUUGCGUAUUUUGUGAAAAAAGAUUUCAAGAAAAAGCGACGUUACAGAGACAUAUUGAUGUCAUACAUCACAAGAAGCCUGGGUUUCGUUGCGAAUAUUGUCCAGAGCAAUUCUCUUCAGUGUCUAAGUUGACAAGACAUGUUCGUUCUCAUGCCAGUGAACGAGGGUAUCCAUGCAAGUAUUGUGAUAAGAGUUUUCUGAAGUCUCAUCAUUAUACAAGGCAUCUUCGUGUCAAACAUCGCGAAGCAGUUAGAUCGCCCCGCGGUCCUUUCGGUCAGACCAAUCACUACCGCUGUGAGCAGUGCGAGGACACGUUCACGUCUCAGGAUGAACUCAUUUACCACUCUGCUAUCCACGCCACGCAGAACCUGACCUGUCCGCUGUGUCAGGAGAAGUUUGAGAACGUUGAUGAUGUCACUGCGCAUAUCAAGUCGCAUGUUAAUGGUAUAGAGUUCAUGUGUGAUCUUUGCGAACUCGUGUUCACGUCGAAAGUCAAGCUUGACAGCCACAUAACCAUCGCACACAGAGACGAGCUACAAGACUCCAAUGAACUGGCGCAAGAUGAGUCAUCCAUGGAUUUGGAUGGUGAAGAUGAAGAAGACGAUGAUGAUAACUCUAUUAACGUUAAAGAAGAAGACGAUCAUAUGGUCGUAGAAAUUAAAAAGACCGAGGAUUUCAUUCUCCGCGAUAAUACCGCAGAAAUAGAAGAAAAACUUAACACUAAUUCAGAAGAUAGUGAGGCUGAAGCAAUAACGUUGACGGAUUUGGCAACAGUGGAUACUUUGUCCUUGGCAACUAAGGUCGCCAAACCCUCGAUAGAUAAAACUCCGGCUAAACCAGUUGCCAAGACUCCGGUAAAUUGUGAAAAACCUGGGGAAGUCCAGACUGCUAGCAUAUUACGAAAAGCUGAAGAAAUUAAACGCAAGGUCCAGCAAACGACUUCAGAAUCACCGAAAGUUACAGAGAAAGAAAAACCUAGCGUCAAGCCUGAGAGCACGAACAGUGCUAAAGCCAGCGAUAAGUCAUUGCGACUCCUCGAGAAAGAAUUGCAAGAACUACAGCGGACCAACAUUCGUAACGAACCUAAAGCAGCACCCAAGGCUGCUCUCGAUUCUCUAAGGAGUAGGCGGCCGCAAUUACACACAUCAACGCCCAAAACAAGUUUCAGAGCUGUUGAAGAGAAAAAAUCUCAAAUGGUGACCAAAUCACCGGCUGUAGAGAAAAAGUUGCCAGAGCGUCGCGUCGUAACCAAAGAGAAUAAAGAGCCGAAGGAAACCAAAGAGCCGAAGCCGAGCAACCCUGGCGUCAAAGAGGAUAAGGAGAGCAAGCAAGACAAAGAUACGCCAAAGACAAUUGUUGUCAAGAACGGAGGAGCUGAAAAAAAUUGCGCUGAUGAAUCAAUACGUCGGUCGACGAGGCCUUCAAAAAUUAAGGAUUACGCGAAAAUGAUUCGCGAUAAGUCUCAAGAGUCUGAAGAAGAAGAUUCUGAUCAGGAUGACGAAGAAUAUGAUGCAGAGGAAAAUCGUCCGAAACUUCGUCGCAGCGGCGUGAAAGUGGCGCCCAAGCCGGCGCCGCCCGCCGCCGCGCCCGCCGCCACGCCCAGCCGGAAGCGAGGCCGGCCUCGCAAGGGAACUAAAGAAGUAGCUAACAAGAUUAAAAAAGGAGAUUCUGUUGAAAAUGAGGAAGCAAAAUCUGAUAAAGAAGAAGAAAGUGACGAGAAAUCGAAGCCGGCACCCGUUGAAGAAAAGAAAGCAGAGGACAAGAAGGAAACACCGCCAAUCACUCCUAUGGACACUAACAAGCCUAACAGCGACGUCGAACCAAAACCCUCAUCUGGUGUUCUGGUCUCGCCGACUGGACAAACUCUAAAGAAAAUUCCCAUCAGAUCGCUCCCACCAGGUGUAAAACCUAUUCCGCUACCUGUGAAUGCUCGCCCUAUGGGCGCUGGUGAGCUGUGUGAAAUGCAAAUCGGCAAGAAAGUAGUCAAAGUUCAGAAGAUAGUAAUGACAAAAGCAGAAGUAGAAGCCAUGGCAAAGAAAGGACUAGUGGAAAUGAAGGAUGGAACUAUGGUGUUAAAGCAGGGUAUAAAACUACCAACAUCUGAUGCUCUCACUAUCAAAUCAAGUCUCAUUGGAAAUAAAGAUAUAACAAAAGAGUUUUCUGCAAAAAAGGACUAAACCCAAGAUAAGGAACCUCUUAAAAUAUUAUUUACAAAAAAGUAUUUUGAAAAACUAAGAUAUGUACUUGCAACUCCAGAUCCACGAAAUAGCUAGAAGAUAAUAAAUAGCUAAAAAGUAACUGGUGGACCUCGAAUCUGAAACUUACUUUUUGUCUUGAUUCCAACAGAGAGUGUGGUUCAGUUAGCGAAAAACAGCUCUGGUUUUCUAUUUUUUUUUACGAGUGUACGACAGAAAUGUGAAAUUAAUGUCUAGAACUGAAAUCAUUUUUUUAAAACACAAAGUAUAGAUAUCACGUUAAUGAAAUUAACUUUAUAUUACCUAAUAUAGUAAUAUGAUUUUUAGUCCACUUAGCAAUAGCAUGAGAUAGUACAUAUUAUAUGAAAUGGUGAUGUAAAUGUAUUCUAGUGAAUUGCUAAAUGUUUAUGUAAGUAGAUAAACUUACUUUUAAGUUGACCUGUUUGUGUAAUUAUGUCUUUACAUUAUAAUUUAACUAUUAAGGUAUGUUCCAAUUAGAAUAUACUAUACAGCUUGUACUGAAUCUGUUUUCUUGAAGUGUAAAUUUUAUCAUAGAAAUAGAAAUAAGAAUAUUUCUUCGAAAGAGUUACAUAGCUUUUUCUUGUUUUGCAUUUUAAAUAUACUUAUCGCGGUGG